AUAGUUUGAAUAAUUAAUAACAAAAGAACCGUUGAAGAUGGAGGCUUGUCCUUUUGUACAAACGUGAGUGUUAACAUCACGCACCUAAGGCCCGAGUUGCAGCCAUUUAUGUCUGCAAAUAUUGUUAAAAAAGAAUAUUACAUUUUAAAAAUUAAAAAAUUAAUAACAAAUAAACCGCGCAAGAUGGAACGUUCUACUUUCGCAGGAACGUAGAUGGCGAGGCCGUCCUCCGAUUCUCCGAGUUAGAAUCCCUGAUGUCGACAAAAAGCAAAAAAAGAAAUAGUUACUACUUUUUGAAAAAAUAAUUUGAAUAAUUAAUAACAAAGGAACUGUUGGAGAUAGAAGCUUAUCCUUUUGCACAAACGCGAGUGCCAACGACAUCACGCACCGAAGGCCCGAGUUACAGCCAUUUAUGUUUGCAAAUAUUCUUAAAAACGAAUAUUACAUUUUGAAAAUUAAAAAAUUAAUAACAAUUGAACCGUGCAAGAUGGAACGUUCUACUUUUACGGGAAUGUAUAUGGCUAGAUUUUCCCCCGAUCCUUCGAUUUAGAGCCCUUGUUGUCGAUAAAAAUAAAAAUAAUAGUUAGUUUCUUGGCUUGUGUUUAGUAUUACCUCCCACCGACAGAUGGCCUGACGGCGGAAUGCCUUUCCGUAGUUAAGAAACCGUCAGCAAAUUAUAUUAGUCGAUCAAGCCUUCAAUACUUACAUUUGUCGAUCUUAGUUUUUUUUAUAUAUUUUGCGGAUUCAAUAUUUCGCAGUUGGUAUAUAAUUCUAAAAGUUUUGAUGGUUUUUAAUUUUUGUUACGUUAUUUAUAAUAACUUGUUUUUCACAUUUUAGUUUACAUCUCUCCAUCCUUUUUAAAAAUGUUUGCAGAUAUUUUUAAGUACAAUUGCUCUGUUAAACAAUAGGUUUGUUCUUCUUGCUUACACGAAAAGUGUAUAGUGUACACUUUUACUCCGUCCAAUUUUUGAGAGUGGGGGUAACGUCGUGUAAAUUCAGUGUAAAGUGUAAGCUUUUCAACGAGAACGCCGAAGUGUAACAUCAAGUGUUUAUAAAUACGACAGCUAUUUGUGCAUAGUGUUCAUAUUUAAAGUUUUAAUAAAAAAGUGGAAUUUUAUUGUUUAAAAUUUAUUAUUGGUUAUAUUGUUACAAUUAUCACAAAAUGAUGAAUGAAUUAAAUGUAGAAAUUCUUAAUCACAUUUUGGAGUCGGAGUCUGAAUCUGAUUUGUCAUCCGAUGAAGAGGAUUUUGACGAGAUUGUUCCUGAACCACCUGUUUUAUUUGCUGCAAAUAAUGAUGAAGACAUUGGACAAUUAUUAGAGCCAGUAUUAGGAGUUGUUUAAAGAGUACAUCACGUAAAAAUUUUAAAUUAUAUUGAAAAUGUUGUACAUUUAUACACUGAGAGUGAUUUCAUAAUGCACUUUCGCUUAUCACGAGAAGUGACCAAUGAAUUGAUCAAUCGUUUUGCAGCAUCUCAAAUUUUUUUGGCAUUACAAGCUUAUGCAGGCUACGAGCCUAUUUCUCCAGAGAAACAUAUCAUAAGUUUUCUUUGGUACGUUGGACAUGAAAGCAGUGGCUAUCGGGAUGUAGCAGAUAAAUUUGGGAUUACCAUAAGUGCGCUGUACAAUGUUAUAUCCCGGAUCACAAAUUUUUUAAUAUCUCUUGCACCAAAUGUCAUCAGAUUUCCUACAAUGCAAGAGAGAGAAGCCAUUAAAGAACAUUUUCUACAAAUGCAAAACAGAUUUCCUGGAGUAAUAGGUGCCAUAGAUGGAUCGCACAUUCGAAUCGACAAACCAAUAGAAGACAAAGAUUUGUACAUAAAUAGGAAACAAUUUUUUUCCAUUCAGUUACAAGGCAUUGUGAACCACGGACAAAAGUUUAUGAAUGUGUUUAUCGGUUACUCUGGAUCGGUUCAUGAUGCAAGAGUUUUCAGGGAAUCGCCUGUGUACAAUAGACUGAAUGAACUUUGUGGAGAAGAUGGAUACUUGCUUGGAGAUAGUGCGUAUCCCUGUUUACAACGGUUGAUUGUUUCGUAUAGAGAUAACGGACAUUUGACACGAGCUCAAAUCAAUUUUAACCAAAGAUUGAGUUCAUGUCGAGUUAUUAUCGAAAAUGCAUUUGGUAAUCUGAAACAGCGAUUUCGUCAAUUGUACCAUUUUAAGUUACGAGACAUUGUUCGAAUGGUUCAGGUUGUGCAUGCAUGUUGUGUUUUGCACAAUAUGGCGAAUGCUAAUGAUUUACAGUUAUUUGAACCACCUCCCGAUGAAAAUCAACCUGAUCCUGAUGCUGUAAAUGCACUGAUUAAUAUGGUUGGAGAUAAUGCAAUACCGCAGGAUAAUCAACAGGGACGAGAACUUAGAGAUGAAAUAUGUAGACAACUCGCAGCACAAUAAAUGUCUCAAUUAUUGUACAUUCUAUUUAAAUAAGAAUUAUGUAAAUUUAUCUUUUAA